AUGGAUCAACCCUUCGCCAUCAUCGCCGGAGUCGGCCCCGGAACCGGCGCCGCCCUGGCCAGAAAGUUCGCCAAACAGUACCCCGUCGCACUACUGGCCAGGUCCACGAAUUUCGCUCGCGAGUUGGCCUCCCAGAUCGAGGCUGAUGGAGGCACCGCUAUCAGCUACCAGGUUGACAUCUCCGACGCGGCCAGCGUGGAAGUCGCCUUCAACGGUAUAAGGAAACAGUUUGGAACGAAUUGCGCAGCUGCUCUUUUCAACGCCAGCAGUCGUCCGUUUCCCAAGCCGUUCUUAUGGCAGUCCGACGAUGACCUAGGUUAUGCUCUUGAUAUUUCUUUGACCGGGGCAUAUCUCUUCGCUCAAGCCGUCCUGCCGCUUCUCCUCUCCGCCAGAAACAGUAAUACAGACACAGAUCUUGUUCCCACGCUAAUCUUCACGGGCGCUACAGGCGCUGUGAAAGCAAACGCCUGGAUGCAGCCUUUCGCCAUCUCCAAGCAUGCGUUGAGAGCAUUGACACAAAGUCUCUCUCGCGAGUUCGAGCCGCAGGGGAUCCACGUUUCUCAUGUGAUAAUUGAUGGUGUCAUUCGAAUGCCAUUGACGUGGUGGCUGAAACCGUUUUCGGGUUGGGAUGCUAAGUUGGACCCUGCUGCUAUUGCAGACAGCUACUGGUAUCUCCAUGCGCAGCCUUUAGCUCAUAUGACAUCGGAAAUUACCAUUCGGCCGUAUUGCGAGACUUGGUAA